GCUGGGGGCUCUCCUGCGCCCAGCAGCUGCGGGAGCUUUGGAAAUUGCAAGGAGGCUCUCGUAGAGCUUGUGAACCCUCCUCUCCCCGAGCCAGCGCCCCUCCUCUGCAGCGCUGACGGUACAACGAUAUAAUAAUGAUGGGUGGCUGAGGCUCGCAUUUGAACUUGCAGGCGAGCUSCCUUUGCCCACAGCUCGGUCCCGGCUCCGCAGCUCCGGAGUCAGGUGCUCGCCGGCGGGAAGCGAGCGAAGGAGGGGACAAGCCGAGCUCUGGCAGAAGGGGAGCCCCCGGAACCACCGGCUCCUUCCAGCACUAACGAGGGGAUUUUACUCUUUCAUGCGGCCACUGGGAYCUCUGGACUAGCCCAGCCACCACGUUGUGAUUUUUUGCGAUCUCUGCAAUACGCUACCUUUUAAGGUCAAGAUGUGGUUAAGUAUAAAAAGYAUCUUAUGGAUGUACUCUACAUUAGUUAUAACAUAUACACUACCUAAAGUUCAAGCAGAAAAAAAAACCCUGGUCAAGGGAUCUCUCUCUGGAACUUCAGUCCUGCCGUGCUUCUUUUCAACCACACCCACCAUAUCGUCCAGCUACGCCGCCGAGUACCUCCGCAUCAAAUGGUCCAAGGUUGAGCUGGACAAAAGCGGCAAGGACGCCAAGGAAACCACGGUCCUGGUGGCCCAAAAUGGCAACAUCAAAAUUGGUCAAAGCUACAAGGACAGGGUGUCUGUCCCCAGCAAUUCGGAGGAGAGCGGGGACGCCUCGCUGAGCUUCUCCAAGCUGCGGGCCAGCGAUGCUGGGGUCUAUCGCUGCGACGUCAUGUACGGGGUGGAGGACACGCAGGCCAUUGUCUCUCUGGCUGUUGAGGGUGUUGUGUUUCACUACCGCGCCGCCACCAGCAGGUACACCCUGAAUUUCACGCAGGCCCACCAGACCUGCCGGGACAACGGGGCCAUCAUGGCCAGCCCUGAGCAGCUGAAGGCUGCCUAYGAGGAUGGUUUUGAGCAGUGUGAUGCUGGCUGGGUGUCUGACCAAACCGUCAGGUAUCCGAUUAGACACCCGAGAGUUGGCUGCUUUGGGGAUAAAAUGGGAAAAAAAGGGGUCAGGACAUAUGGGCGCCGCUUCCCCAAUGAGACAUACGAUGUUUAUUGCUACGUGGAGCGCAUGGAAGAUGAAGUGGUCCACGUCACAGCCCCUGACAAGUUCACCUUYGAGGAAGCCAGGCAGCUGUGUGAGGACAGAGGAGGCGUCCUGGCCUCCGUGGGGAACCUCUACGUGGCCUGGAGGAACGGCUUYGACCAGUGCGACUACGGMUGGCUGGCGGACGGCAGCGUCCGGUACCCGGCCUCCGUGGCGCGGCCCCAGUGCGGCGGGGGUUUGCUUGGGGUGAGAACCCUGUAUCGCUAUGAGAACCAAACGGGCUUCCCUUACCCCGAUAGCAAGUUUGAUGCCUACUGCUACGAACCUAAAAAAGUCACAACAGAACCUACAACUGUCGAGCCUGUGACAUCCCUGAGGACUGACAGCGUGAAAUUGUCACCUGCUGGAAUUUCUUUCGAACCUCCCCUCUCUGAGACUCCGAUCACUGAAGUGCCUGCCACCCAAACAUUUGCUUUGGAGCAAACAACCUCAGAGAGUGAAGAAGACACAGACAUGACUACUGACGUGGUCGAGGAGAAAAGGGAGAUGGAGGUGCUCAAGGAGAACAUUCAGUUAACCACCCUUCUACCUCAGACUGUCACCGACGGCGAAAUAUUCACUUACGACACGCUGGGCAGGACUGAAUWCGACGUGACAGAGACCACGUCCCCAGCUCUGGAGCUGGAUCACACUUACUCUGAGGCAGAGCUGCCCGAGGAACAAGGUAGGUCUGAAAGCAUUGAGGACGCUUUCUUGACCUCUGUAAUUUUUCAGGAUAGCACAGCUGUAGCUAAGAGCCCCGYUGGUUUUUGGGAAGAUGCUGAAACGGGAGAUGCUGUAAAGCACGAUGCCGAUAAUCAGACUGAGCAAAUAGAAGUGGGCCCUUUGAGGACAGCCACAGAUAGCUUCUUACAGACUYCUCGCAGAGAGGCUGCCAGGACAGGGACUUCAGAGUCACUGACGAGAGGGAUUCUGYCUCACGGUGCCCACCUUGCAAAUGCACCCACAGAAAAAUCCAUGGAGGCCAAAUCUGGCGAGGAGCUGGCCACUGUUGUGAUCCCUAAAGCUCUGCUGAACGCUGGGUCUGACCAUGCUGCAGAGGGGGAGGGCAGUGAGAGCAUGCCUGGUGGAGAUUCUGGAGUGGCUGCUGGUAGUGCCCCAGGAUCUGAAGUGCCUGCWGCAUCAGGGACACUCCUGGACGAGCACGCAGUCACCACUGGACAGUUCCCUGCAGCCARAGAGUCAACGCCGUUUGUUAAAUUUAGCUCUGCGACAGCGUUGGACAGUGAGAGCUCAGCUCAAGGGAGCAGGGAGGAGCUGGGGGAUGUGCAGCCCACCGUGGCAGCUGGAACACCUGUAUCCUUUUUUGUGUCAGCUGUYGAUCAAACAGAAUCCGAGGCUGUCUCAGGAAGCACUGAUUUCCCACCAAUCUUUGGAGAACUCACCACAUCUGUUAUCCCCUGGGCUCAGCAGACGGAAGUGUCAGCUGGUUUAGAGGAGCAGGAGGAAACAAAGGAGCCAGAAAUGAGGMCAGAGGAUGUGAAGGUCCCUCAUUCCACAGCCUUCAUUCCUCCUUGUGUCACAGCAGAAGCUGAGGGUUGUUCUGCAAGGGAGAAGAUCACACAGGCUCCUCCAGGCUCUGGCACGUGGCUGCCAGCAGAUAAAGAGGAGGGUUCUGUGACAGAAGAGUCCUCUCACACUGAAAGGGUGAUUGAGCUUGCUACAGAGGAUGGCUUCUCUGGAAUGGAGCCUACACUAUCUCCAGGGCACACUGCAGAAUCCACAGUGCAGCCAGGAGCUCCAGUUUCAGCAGCUGCAGAUGAGACUGAGACAAGCACAGAGCCAGCAGAGACCACAAAGGGUGAAGAAGUGGCACCAGCUGAUUUUGGUCAGAGUAGAGACACUACAAGUGUCCCCCACACCAGCAGCUCUUGGGAUUUGGGAGUGACCAGAGUAUCCAAAAUACCAGUGGAAGGAAGCAGUGCCACCAUAGGGCCCUUGAGYUCCUCCAGUGUUACUGUAGAGCCGAGCCCAGGGACAAAGGGAACUAUUGUAUUUACAGAUGUAUCACAGCUAGACACUUCAGUGCCACAGAAGGAAUAUUCUGCUUCCCUAGUCCCAGUUACYGUAGACAGUGAGGUCACUAGAGAUGUGCCAAUUACUGAUCAGACUCCUUUUGAUGAUAUCUUUCAUACAGAAGCAACAGAAACAACUGCAAAGCGUAGCGAGGUGUUCCCAGAGGAACUCUCCACACAGGACCAAGCCUGGGGACCAGGAACUGCCACAGAGCCCACGAUUUCUGUGACAUCUGCCCACACACAYGAAGCAGAGAUGUCACCAGCACCUGAAUCACCUCAAACAGCGGUUCAGGAUGAGACAGGCUCRGCUUAUGAUGAGAUGUACCCAACAACAGAGGUAACCGUGCCUGCAGCGGAGUUCACAGACCACGGAGGAGUUCUGGGACACGAGGAAACCAGCACCUGGCUGCACCUCACAGUGACUCCCACAGCUGAAACAGCUCCUGGCCAGGAUGAGGAGGUCACUGAAGUGAUGGCCAURACUGCUGGAACCCAAACAAAGACACAGGAUGUCCCCACCACGGAGGAAGGCGGUGAUGCAGCGAGCUGGGAAUCUGUGCCACCUUCCCAUAGGAUGCCARCAGGACAUUCCACUGUGGAAAGCAUUACUCACCUGACCUUGGSAGCUUCUCCAAGCCAGGCUACGGAAGGUUCAGGAGUAACUUCAGAACCUGAGGAAACAGUGCCAGCCGUGUUUGCAGCUACUGCCACAGAUAAGGCCACGAUUGUCAGCAGCGUCACGCCGUCCAUCGKUGCUGCGGACAAAACUCAGCCCACGUCUGCAUCCAGACCUUUCAGCACUCAGAAAACCCCACACCUCAUCCCUGAUGAAGAAGAGGAGGUAACGAGCCACGACAUCAUCAUCAUUGAUGAAUCUGUCUCUCCCAGCAAGGCCACAGCUGAGGAUGAUCUGCCUGGGAAGGUGCUGGAGCCAGAAAUCGAUACGGAAUAUUUCACGGCAUCAACCGCCACGGCAGUGGCACGACCUACUGCUCCACCCCAAGAGAAGGAGGCCACRGAGGCCUUGCAACCUCAGGAGGUGUCUCCUUCCACUUCACACCCCGAUAAUGACAUAAGAUUGUAUGUUAUUCAAAUCACAGGCAAUGACACAGAUCACCCGGUGAAUGAAUUUUUGGAUCUGUUCAAUCGCCACAUGCUUCCUCAUGCACUAGAUGAAACCCACAUUGACGCAGACUCAGCUCAGACUGAACCCUGUACCUCAGACUCUGUGCAGGAUUCAUCUGAAUAUAUAAUAUUGGAUCCUUUCUUUCCAAACUAUGCAGAGUUUGAAGAAGAGGAAGACUGUGAAAAUACUACUGAUGUUACAACUCCUCCAGCUUUGCAGUUCAUCAAUGGGAAACAACAAGUUACGAGUGCACCUAAGAGCACAAAAGCUGAGGAAGCGCGGAGCGACCAAAUCGAGAGCGUCGCACAUUCCAAAAACGUAACCUUUUCUCAAAUCAAUGAAACAAACACAUUUAUAAUCAGUGAAUCCGAAGCUUCUGGUACUAUGCAACCAAGCAAAGCUGGAGAAGGRAUAGGGGCGUUUGAGGUCACACAACCAACCUCAGGGGCUGCAAUGUUAGAACCUGUCUACAGUGGGGAGUCUGAAGUGGUUACAACAGAUAAAUCAACGGCCACCACUUCUUCACAYGAGCAAAACAGUGGAGAGACCAUGACAUGGCAUGGAACUGAGGAGAGCUCUACUAAAGACAGCAAAAACCUGCUCUUGAUUUCCAGYGAAUCCUCUGGAGAUGGCUCCACCGAAUCUGAUCUGUCCACUUCUGUCUUGGAAGUGGUGACAGGGUCAGGAAAGGAAGAUGAUGAUAAAAAUUCUGAUAUAACAGCUUCUCCUGAUGCAUUUACUGCAGAAAGUUCUGCUGYAACUGCUUCUCUGGAUGCAAUUUUUAUUCCUUCUACAGCCAAUAAAGGUGUAAUUGACCUUAUUGCAGAAGAGGCAACGCCUUCUCCAGGAGACCAUUAUAAAACAACUGUUAAACUUAACGCAAAUUCCCCUGUUGAAAAUACUCUGGAAACAAGUCAUACAACAAAGCCUGAGAUGAGUGCUGCUUCUUUCAUGGAUCUGGAAGGCUCUGGAGAUGUAAAAGAUAGCACCACUGUAACYUCAGCAAUGACAGAGGAAAUAGCGGUAACACAAACUCUUUCAAUGCGAGACAUUUCCUCGGGCUCUGGCACAGCACUGCCRACAGAAUUCUCUGUAACUCAUUCAGGAAUCACCUCUGCUUCGCCCAGAGCUAUAAGUACUCGUUUUUCUGGUUUUGAUCAAAGUCCUGAAGUAAGUGUUGCCACCAGCUCUGUGYCUGAGCUUAUUACGGAACAAGUAUUUGCCAGCUCUCUUGUAACAGAAAAGAGUAUGGAUGAUGAGAAAGAAACCCAGACCACUGUUUAUUCAGGUCACCAAAAUUCAGCUACUGCUGCAGAGGAAAAUUUGGAUUUUACUGAAUUUGGGAGUACUACAGGUGAAGUCAGAACUGUAGGUCAAGAGCUGCUCGGAGAAACAGUACCAGGUACCAUAAGCUCUGAAAUCAACAAGGUCACCACCAUUCCUCUCCUGAGGGAGAAGAAGUUUUUUCUAAUUGAAGGAUCAGCUGAAGAGCCAGCAGACAUAUUUUCAGGGGGUCCCACAAGCACAGGGGUAAGUAUUGGCUCCCCAUUUACUGAUCCAGGUUCAGGAGACGCAGAUUUUAUCCUUGAGUCUGCUACUCUGACUUCAGUUCCAUUAAGGCCUGUCACUGAAACACAGACAGAAAAGAACAAAGGAAACAUUUACAGCACAGAUGAUGCUUCAGCGAAGGAUGCAACAACAGAGUAUGAAAAACAUGCAAGAACAGAUGGAUCUGCAGUGACAGAUUCGAGUACUGGGUCAGAGAGCUUCACAGAGGGGUCAGGAGCAGCGAGUCAGAUGUCCCUGGAUGUGUUUAGUACAAAAAAUCCAAGAGAACAAAACAUGGAAACAGAACCACCCUACACAGCUCCCUCUGACAUAAAAUCUGGUUCUAUAAAAGACAGGACAUCUCACAUUGCGCCAGGAAUUGAAGCUGGAGAUUCAGAAAAUUCAGAAACAGGGGAGGUCACAUCAUCCCCAGGGUCAGUGGUCAGUGACAACCCUCGUGAGGAUGUGGUGACACAUGGUACUGGCACUGUAAAAGCAGCAGCUGAAUCUACAGAAAGCAAAGAUGCAAAAGUUGGUUCUUCAACUGUCUCACUGGGCAAGAUUUUCCUGAUUGAGCAGGGCUCUGGAGACGAAUUCAAAGAUGACAGCAGCACYACAAAACUUAUGUCCAAUGGACCUACGGAAGAAAUGUUUGAAGGUCAUUUCUCAGGAGAGCCUGACCUGUCCACUGGAUCAUUURCAAAAACAGCAGCUGCCCCUACUGGGAAACCAGAAACAUGGGAGAAGGAUGACAGACAAUUUGUCAGCACAGCACCUCCAGAUCCUGCUGUCACUGCAGACCAUGAUGAGCUGGUCACCAGUUCUGAACACGAGGUCACCUCCAUGGGAACUGCAGGGGACAUGAGAACGGAYGAGAAAACGAUUGAUGAGCUGUCAGUGAGAGCUUUUUCUACAAAGAUCCCUUUGAUGGAGGAGAUACAUUCUGGGGAUGAGAGGCCAAGCGAAAUUUCACCAAAAGCUACGGAGUUUUCCAAAGAAACAACAACAGACCCAUUCUUUAAAAGUACACAGACUAGCCAUGAGCAUCUGGGGUUUUUAAAUGUUCCGACUCUCAGUYCAUAUUCGGAAGAAAAGGAGUUAGAAACUGAACCUGCUCAAAAAAYACUUUUGCCUUUUAAUGAUGACAGAGUAACUGAGCCUGUAACGGUGGAAAGGAAAUAUGUGAGCUCUCCAGUCACAGUUGUAGAGCAAGAGGAGGAGCUGGUGCAAAACAUUUUCCCUACGAAAGAUAUUCCCAGAACAUUCCUGACACCUAAGGGUGAAAAGCUGUCAAGUAACGAGCUCAUUGGUGAUCAGCUGUUUUCAGGACAGGGCUCAGGAGAUGACCUUGCUGUUCUUCCUUCUGUGGUGCCAUUUAUCGUCAAGGAAAUCAAGAGCACCUUGAGUCCUCAGACUUCUCACCCUGCAAAUCUGGGACCUGAGCUUUCCRCUGACAAGGCACACGAAUUUGAAAGAGGGAGCACUCCAGCAAGUGCUGAAUUUAGUGAAGRAGUCACAAGUGCUGUAGCUGAGCUGCUGCCAGAAACUGGAGGCCAGUUCCCCACCUCCACRUUCCCCAGUCCCCCAGCUUUAGUUGAAGACAGCUCCAAGAGCUUCAUCUCCAAAGAAGUUGAAGAGACAACACUUUAUUUUGUUGCGAAUGAAGAACCUCAGGAGAAGGAAACUGACUAUUGGAGAAGGGAAAAUGAAACAGAUAAGACAACACCUGCUUCUAAAGGUAUUUCCCAAGAGGAAAAUUCACGUUUUCUGACUGAAGGUGGCACAACUCCUGUGUCUGUUAUACCGAGUGGAACUCCCAGUCCUGAAACAGAGGAACCUCUUGUAACAUCAACAGCAAAAACGCCAGGCAGAGCAUUACCUGAGAGCUCUGGGGAAGGAUCUGGCUGGCUUGGUGUUUCAGAUUCAUCUUCUCCUGAUGUGUUUACUCAUUUCUCAAUACCCACUGUAUCCAAAGURGAACUAAAUGCUUCAUCCAGUGUUCCUGGGCGUGUUUAUUCCAAAGUUGUGACCACAGAGGCACCGAGGGAUGGGUCASAGACUCUGAUCACAGGACUAGCAUCCCUUUUCACAGAAGAAACAGAGGCUGUGGCAAAUCCAUCUUCUGUUUACCCAAAGGCAGUUUCAUCAGAAGAACUAACAAGUGACACUGGGAUAUAUGAAAAAAUUAUUCCCAUGAUCGAUGACAGAAGAAGCGUUAUAUUGAACAUUUCUGUUUACGGUGACAUUACCCUGAUUGAAGAACGGCUGCAGACCCCACCAGAGGAAACCACAAUUAUAGACAUGGAUCACUCCAAAUCGAUGCCUGAGGAUAUCAUAAGUGUGCAGACCGUGCCAAAUCCCGUUGCACACUCUACAUUUGGCUAUGAUGACAGCACGACAGCUGAAGGGGAAAAAUACCAUUCCACUCCUGAGUUUUCCACAGCCAAAGAAAACACGCUUGGAUCUGGUGACAACCUUCCUCUGACUACUUCUAGCCCACCAAGCAGAGAGUCAGCGACUUCUGGGCACACACCAGCCUCAGAUGAYGUGGAUUCAGGUUCAGGGAAUGACAUGAACUUCGCCGCAGAAACUGUCACCACCAUGGAUAUCUCUGAGCAGGGCGUUUUCCUCCCUACAGUGCCAUCUCUGGCAAGCCCUGGGGUGCCUCAGUCASAGCCUGUUGUAACCAGCACUGCAGACAGCACCUAUGAGCCAAGCACUUCAGCAAACAACGGGGUAAUUGCAGAUCAAAGUGGCUUUUCUGGAAUGGGCCAGGAAGAGCUGGCUGAUAAUCAGCCCGUGGUUCCUUCUCUUGCACCCACCGUGGCUGCUGAGCCAGAAAAGGCUUUGACAACUGGAAAGCUUGAGCUGAGCGUUGCCACCACCCAGCCUGCAUCCCAGCUGGUGACUGUGUCACCCACCAGGAGCGCGGGGAAUCGUCCCGUGGUGUACACAAACACAAAAUCAGCGUCAGCAGAGUACGAGGAGACAGAUGCAGAGAGCUUUUAUUCUGUUUCGCAAACUCCUAAAUCCUCAGUAACUGUUCAUUUAGUAAACGGAGUAUCUGAGUACCCUGAGGUCAUCAUUACGAGCACAUCAUCAUCAUCAUCAUCAUCAUCAUCUUCAAGGGAUUCACAUCAGUCCAACCACUCAGCAGGAGGGAUCUUCAAAGAGGUUAGUUCUGAUGUUACAGCAACAUAUAAACCGCCCACUGCUGAACUUCUUGACACAAAAGAGCCUUCUCUGCUGGAGCCUUCUCCUGAGCCUGUUUCAGAGAGCACAGCCUCAGAAAAUACUCCUCACUUUGGUAGUCUGGUGACAGUGGAGCCAGAGGAGACUGAAACCCCUGGAAGUGAUUUGGCUGGGGAGGAAGAAGCUGCUGUUUCUGGAGAUUCUCCAUCGACACAUGUCUUGCCCACUGCUUUUCUCAAUUUCGGAGAAAGAGCGAGCACAGAUGUUCCAAAAAUCAGCACAACAAAAGCUGAAGUUUCCUCGGGGGGGAGAGUGAACAAUCCCCACCAAGAGGAAGACAGGAGCACUGAGAACCAGAACCCCUGGUUCUUCUCCACCACCGUUUCAGACUCACCCAACAGCAUCGAAAGCGCAGGAUUUAACCCUGCCCAGGAAGCAGUCACGAUGCUCACCUCACCUUCCCAACUUUUGGAUGGAGGCACCGAGACACAGCCAGCUCUGUACGGUCAGGGGGAGAUCACAACCAUUUCUUCUAACAUUGCAGCAAACAGCCUUGCCCCUGGGAACAGCCCCUACCAAAACGAGCAGUGGACACUGAGCUCUGAGGAGCCAGGCACUGCCGAAGCCGUGACCUCGUCCUUGUCCCUUCCCGAAGUCACCAACGGAUCAGAUUUCGUGAUUGGCACCAGUGUGGGUUCAGUUGAAGGCACAGCAGUGCAGAUUCCAGGCCAAGAUCCGUGCAAAAGCAACCCCUGCCUCAAUGGUGGGACCUGCUACCCACGUGGUUCCUUCUACAUCUGCACCUGCCUGCCAGGUUUCAGCGGGGAGCAGUGUGAAUUAGACAUCGACGAGUGCCAGUCCAACCCGUGCCGSAACGGAGCCACGUGCAUCGAUGGCCUCAACACCUUCAGCUGCCUGUGCCUGCCCAGCUACAUUGGAGCCCUCUGUGAGCAAGACACAGAGACCUGUGACUACGGCUGGCACAAGUUCCAGGGGCAGUGCUACAAGUACUUYGCUCACCGGCGCACGUGGGACACGGCGGAGCGCGAGUGCCGGCUGCAGGGAGCGCACCUGACCAGCAUCCUAUCCCACGAGGAGCAGAUCUUCGUCAACCGUAUUGGCCAUGACUACCAGUGGAUUGGCCUCAAUGACAAGAUGUUUGAGCGUGAUUUCCGCUGGACUGAUGGCAGCCCUCUGCAAUAUGAAAACUGGAGACCAAACCAGCCAGACAGCUUCUUUUCUGCUGGAGAGGACUGUGUUGUUAUAAUCUGGCACGAGAAYGGGCAGUGGAACGACGUCCCGUGCAAUUACCACCUCACCUACACCUGCAAGAAAGGAACAGUGGCUUGUGGUCAACCUCCCGUGGUGGAGAACGCCAAGACCUUCGGGAAGAUGAAGCCUCGCUACGAGAUCAACUCCCUCAUCAGAUACCACUGCAAGGACGGCUUCAUCCAGCGCCACAUCCCCACCAUCCGCUGCCAGGGCAACGGGAGAUGGGACAUGCCCAAAAUCACCUGCAUGAACCCCUCCACAUACCAAAGGACUUACUCUAAGAAAUACUACUACAAACACUCCUCGUCGGGCAAGGGGACGUCGUUAAACUCAUCCAAGCACUACCACCGCUGGAUCAGGACGUGGCAGGACUCGAGGCGCUGAGAGCUAAAUGGUGAACGGGGAUUUCCACCAUUUCAGCCAAAGUCGUAAACUUUCUGUGCCUUUUUCUAUCACUUAUAGGAGCAUUAUCGAAUCGUUUUUGAAACUACGGACUGCAGUAUUCACGAUGCGUUUUGCAAAAAAAAAAAAAAAAGGAAU